CGCAACUCUGACACUCUUUGUGUGCGUGCCGGGGGCAGUCCCACGUUUGGGACCGCCGCUCCCCUCUCCGCGACGAGCAUAUACGAAAAGCAAGAGACGGCACGUGCGGGUGGGUGGUCUCCGACCCGCCGUCUUCACGUGGCUCCAGCGAGAGGCGCUCCGAGCCAAGCCUCCGCAGCGUCAGUGUGUUGCGGCAGCAGCAGGAGACAACAUCCCAAAACAUGGCUGUGGAGCUGGAGCCCACUGAUGUGAUCCGUCUGAUCAUGCAGUACCUCAAGGAGAAUAACCUCUACCGCACGCUGAUGACCUUACAGGAGGAAACCACAGUUUCUCUCAACACCGUGCAAAGCAUCGAGAGCUUUAUAGAGGAUAUAAACAGGGGCCACUGGGACUCUGUUCUGCUGGCCAUUGAGUCUCUCAAGUUGCCUGACAACACACUGAUUGACCUCUAUGAACAGGUUGUGAUGGAGCUCAUUGAAAUGAGGGAGGUGGGUGCAGCCCGUUCGCUCCUCAGACAAACUGACCCAAUGAUCCUGCUGAAUCAGACCGAGCCAGAGAGGUACGCCCAUCUGGAGAAACUGCUGACGUGUCCUUACUUUGACCCUCGAGAGGCGUACCCAAAGGGCAGCAGUAAGGAGAAGCAGCGCAGAGCCAUAGCUGAGGCUUUAGCGAGAGAGGUCAGUGUGGUGCCUCCUUCUCGCCUCAUUGGACUCCUGGAACAAGUCAGCUAUAUGAAGCGACAGAUAAAUCCAGAUUAUCUUUCCCCUGAAAUGACAAUCGACACAUCGACAAACAAGGAGCAGCAUGCGGAGAAAGAAAGCUUUCCAUCUCAGCUGUACCGCCACAUGAAGUUUGGACGACGUUCACAUGUAGAAUGCGCCCGGUUCUCUCCUAAUGGGAAGUAUUUAAUCACCGGAUCAGUGGACGGGUUUAUUGUGUUCUGGAACUUCAACAGUGGAAAGAUUUGUAAGGAUCUCAAGUAUCAGGCCCAAGAAAGCUUCAUGAUGAUGGACGAUGCUGUGCUGUGCAUGUGCUUCAGUCAAGAUGUAGAUCUACUGGCCACAGGAGCUCAGAAUGGCAAAAUUAAGGUGUGGAAGAUCCAAAGUGGCCUGUGUGUGCGAAGGUUCGAGCACGCUCACAGCAAAGGUGUGACUUGUCUGAGCUUUUCAAAGGACAGCGACCAUAUCCUCAGUGCCUCGUUUGACCAAACCAUAAGAAUCCAUGAGCUGAGGUCAGGCAAGACGCUGAGGGAGUUGAAAGGACAUUCAUCGUUUGUAAACGACGCGUGCUUCGCUCAGGACGGUUUUCACAUCAUCAGCGCCUCGGCCGAUGGCACUGUUAAGAUUUGGAGCACAAAAUCCUGCGAAUGCAUUCACACGUUCAAAUCCCAGUCAAUGACGUCAGAAGUCCCAGUCAACAAUGUGAUUCCUCUUCCCCAAAAGCCUGAGGAGUUUGUGGUGUGUAACCACUCCAGUACGGUGGUCAUCAUGAACAUGCACGGCCAGACAGUGAAGACUUUCUGUUCAGAGCAGCCAGAGAGAGCAGGCUUUGUGUGCUGCGCCGUGUCGCCCCACGGGGAGUGGAUCUACUGUGUGGGGGAGGACAGCGUGCUGUACUGUUUUAACUACACGACGGGGAGGCUGGAGAAAACGCUGACUGUUCACGACAAGGAUGUAAUUGGCAUCGCUCACCACCCACAUGAGAACCUGAUUGCCACAUACAGCGAGGAUGGCCUGUUAAGGCUGUGGAAACCUUAAGCUGUCACCUUCAUCCUGCUGUGGAGGAGCUAGGCAGUUGUUUGCACAGUUCAAAAGCAUCCAGAUCAACUCAAAGGGAUAGUUCAGAAUUUUUUUUUUUAUGUUUUUUUAUGCUAUGUGAAUUUCUUUAAAAAUUCUACACCAAUAUCUAAUCUGCAGUUCAACAUCUUCAUACAGUAUGCAUAAUUUAUUGUAAGUCUAGAUUCAUCCCAAAGGAUGAAGCUAGCGGUAAUUAAGAGUGAAACCAAAGUGGACUUUGUCCUUCUUCAAAAUGUAUUGUGUUUACAGGAUGCUCACUUGACCUUCAAAAUCAGAAGAUGGAAAAAAGAAUUAGAAAAGCAACACUUGAGUACAAACAGAAGAUCUCUCUUUAACAUAAACUGUAGGUGUGUCUGGUGCACAUUUAGUUAAACUCUUUCUUCAUUUAGUGAAGUUACUCAUAGUGGGUAGUGUAGCCAGAAAUGUUACUCAAGUAAGUGUAGUGAUGCUUCAUGAUAAUAUUACUCAAGUAAAAUUAUUCCAGUAGCA